AUGGCUCGACUAAUACCGUUGCUUGCGCUCGCCCUCGGGGCGGCCGCAUAUCAGGAGCCGUUAUCGUUCGACGAGGCCGAACAGCUCAGUAAGCUGCGCAGUGCGAUCAAGAAUGUUGUCGUGCUCGUCCAAGAAAACCUCUCUUUUGACCACUUUGCCGGUGGUCUUACCUAUAAUAGCAGCAUCGAUGGCUUAGUGAAUCGAAAAUAUUGCAAUCCAGCAAAUAUAUCCAUGCCCGACACAUCCCGCCAAGUUUGCGCGGCCAAUACCGCACAGAACAUCGCUGCCGAUGAUCCCAAUCACAGCAUUUCUGGUAUUAAUAUGCAGAUUUUCGGAUCAUAUCACCCUCCUGCGCUCGCAGAAUCGUCCAUGAAUGGUUUUAUCACGGAGCAACGACUUUCCUACCGACUGGAGCGCUUGCAAAAACAACAGGAGUUGGACAGGCCUAGCAGACCUGCAAUACAACAUGAUGAAACACGAGGAAUGUCACCAGAAAUGAUCGAUCUACUCGAACGCGAACGUGCGGCUGAGGUCAUCGAUUAUUUUACACCCGAGCAUAUUCCCGUCUUCAAUGCGAUCGCCGAGAACUAUGUUCUCUUUGAUCGAUGGUUCGCCGCCGUUCCCGGGCCUACCAACCCUAACAGAGCAUAUCUCACAUCGGGUACCUCCUACGGGCAUGGCAGAAACGAUGAAGCCUUCCUCAGAUCAGAAAUGCCACAAAGAUCAAUUUUCCAACAAUUGUCAGAAAAAGGAAUCAGCUGGACAAACUACGAGGAAUCAACAAGAUCGAGUCCACAAUUUUUGCCCGACGCAAUGUUUUACGAAUGGACCGCAAAGUCUAUCACAAGCAAGACAAGUGUGAAACCGAUUGAGAACUUUUAUCAAGAUGCAGCCAAUGGUGAAUUGCCGCCGUUCACAUGGAUCAACCCCGAAUGCUGCCACUAUACUUCAAUGCACCCACCUUCUCCCAUCAAUAUGGGUGAGAACUAUAUCAAGGGCAUUUACGAAGCACUACGGAACUCGCCUCAAUGGAAUGAGACACUGUUCAUUCUGACGUGGGACGAGCAUGGUGGAUUUGCGGAUCAUGUGCCCCCUCCGAUGAAAGUGCCCGCCGGUGACAGCCUGACAUACACUGAAAGAGCUGCUGACGGCGGUGACUAUACAUUCCACUUUGAUCGUCUGGGCGUGCGUGUUCCCACAGUUCUUAUUUCUCCUUGGGUUGGAAAAGGUCUUAUUCAAAACAAACCUGAUGGAGACAGCGACUUUACCCACACUUCUAUUCUAAAAACCCUCUCUGAGCUUUGGGACUUGGACAUCCUUACACCUCGAGUGGAGUGGUCGCCUUCCUUCAAGCAUUUGAUUACAAGUGAAUACCGGGAUGACACACCCGAAAGGCUUCCUGAGGCAGCAAACUUUUAG